AUGGAUCGUGCUAUUUACGCAGCUGCCCCUCGAGGGCCUACCAAGCAUCCGCCGCAUCGCUCAGAUGACCAUGUACGCGACCCGUCGUCCCCAACUCCCACCGAUCCGUUCGAUACCUUGCCUCGCCCGUCACCUCCCGCCUCCUUCUUCGCCUACACCGCCCGUCCCUAUCCCGCUGCCACGCUCGAGGCCGAUCGAAGUGCUCGACCUCGUCGACAGCGACUCGGAGACGGAGGACUCGACCUCUGCGACCCGUUCGGGACGUCCUUCGUCCACCUCCUCCCCGUCCGUCGCGCACAGUACAGCGUCUCGACCCAGCAAGCAGUCUACGCAGCGAAGUUCGCUCUCUACAGGCUCCAGGCUGGCUACGUUGCUGCGCCACUUUCCCAGGAAUGCGUCAAGAACGACUUUUUGCAGGCUUCCGAGGAUAACGCGAACAAGGGCAGCAAGAACAAUUUCAAGAAGCGGUCGACUGCCUCGCUCACGCCGAAGAUCCGCCGUCCUCCCUUGUACCGCUCGCCUGUCCGCCGCCCUUGCGCUCUCCCGUCCCACGCUCAUCAGCAGCCGUAUCCGACACGAGCUGCACCGCCCUCGCAUGACGCUGUAUCAGCCGCCAGCUGCGGAGUCCGUCCUUCACUCGCCGUCCUUCGCCGCAGGUCCGACCAGCAGGCCUGCUCGACCUCGCUUCCGACCCCGCCUCUCUCCUACUUCUCCACCCAGUCUUACGUCUGA